AUCGCCGGUGCACUGUGUCCCUCGGACACAGCGGAUCACGGAAAGAGCCGAAGAUGUCGGCUAGGUCAUGUGAUCAGCUGUGUCCAAUCACAACUGAUCACAUGGGACAUGUACACUGAUCAUCAGGGCACUGAUGAUCAGUGUGCCCUGAUGAUCAUUGUGGCCCCAGAAGUGCCACCAGUCAGUGUCCAUCAGUGCCAGCAGUCAGUGCUCAUCAGUGCCACGUGCCAGUUCCCAUCAGUGCCACAUCAAUGCCACAUAUCAGUGCAUACUAGUGCACAUCAAUGCCACCUAUUAGUGCCCAUCUGAGCUGCCUUUCAAUGUCACCCAUCAGUGCCAGUCAGUGCCACCUAUCAAUG